AUGUCUGGCAAGUUCGAACCCAAGGUUCCGGUCAAGCUGGACCCUCCGAAGGAUGAUCCUAUCACUCCUGAGGAGCUAGCCAAGGCGAAUGGCGAGAAUGGCGGGAAGUGCUACGUUGCGAUCAAGGGUCUCGUCUACGACGUAACUGGAAACAAGGCUUACCAGCCAGGUGGCCCAUACCACGUCUUCGCUGGCAAGGAUGCUUCACGUGCCCUGGGUAAGACGUCUACAAAGCCCGAAGAUGUCCGCCCCGAGUGGCAUGACCUGUCAGAUAAGGAGAAGGGCGUGCUCAAUGACUGGAUAACUUUCUUUUCUAAGCGCUACAAUGUCGUUGGGAAAGUUGUUGGGGCGACCAACUUCGAUGACUCCCCAUGA